AUGAUACUUGCACCCGCUUUGACUGCUUCCCUCGCCCUAGUAGCGAGCGUUAACCCUCGAGUGCUCAUUCUCGGUGGAGGCGUUACCGGUGUCAUUGCUGCCCGGACUUUGCACGAAAACGGCAUCGACAAUUUCCUAAUCGUUGAAGCUCGCGACGAGCUUGGCGGACGACUGAAGAGCCAAACCUUCGCCGGCUAUACGAUCGAACUUGGCGCCAACUGGGUGCAAGGGACGCAAACGGGAACAGGCCCGGCUAACCCAAUUUUUGAACUGGCCCUGAAGCACAACAUCACAACGCAGUACAACGAUUUCUAUGGAAGUUUAACGACUUAUGAUAUUUCCGGCGAAGUGGAUUAUAUUGAUGUAUUUAAUGAUGCUGUUGACGCUUAUACUGCUUUGACCGUGACUGGAGGUGUGCGUGUCAAUGGAUCACUAGUGGAUUUGACUUCAAAAACCGGUUAUGCACUAAAUGGAGUCAAGCCACGAGAUUCGUAUGAGAUGGCAGCAGAGUACUAUCAGUUUGAUUGGGAAUAUGCCCAGAAACCUGAUCAGACCUCGUGGAUUGCAUCGUCUUGGGCCAAUAACUUCACCUUUGAUGCGGACGAAGGCGGCUUUUCCGAGGACAAUCUUCUCGCCAUCGACCAACGGGGGUUCAAGGCUCUGAUCCAGUUGGAAGCUCAAGAAUUCUUACGGGCCGAACAAGCCAUUGCGUAUUCCGGCGAUGGAGUCCAGAUAACGCUGACAAGCGGCGAAACGAUUGAAGGAGAUUACGCGCUUUGCACGUUCAGCCUCGGGGUAUUGCAGGACGACGAUGUGACAUUCGAGCCUCCUCUUCCAGACUACAAAAUAGAAGCAAUCCAAAGUAUGACAAUGGCUACAUACACCAAGAUAUUCCUAAAGUUUCACAAAAAGUUCUGGUUUGAUACCGAGUUGGCCUUGUAUGCGGAUCCCACUCGCGGCACUUAUCCAGUUUGGCAAUCGUUAGACCACCCGAACUUCUUCCCAGGCUCCGGACUGAUCUUCGCCACCGUGACGGGAGAUUGGUCGCUGAGAGUAGAGGCGUUGUCAGAUCAGCAAGUACAGGAUGAAGUGCUAGACGUCCUCCAGAAGAUGUACCCAAAUAUUACAAUUCCUGAACCGACCGAAUUCCUCUUCCCUCGAUGGAAUUCUGAUCCUCUUUACCGAGGAUCAUACUCUAAUUGGCCCCCAUCAUUUUUUAGUCAACACCACGACAACCUUCGGUCAAACGUUGAUCGGUUAUACUUUGCUGGCGAAGCGACGAGCCAGAAAUAUUUCGGCUUUCUGCACGGUGCGUACGACGAAGGAUUGAAGGUAGCAUCUGUCAUGGCGGAAUGUAUGAAGGGCGAUGGAUGUGUUGCAUUGCAACAUGUAGAGGAUGUGAAGAACGCAUUUCCAUACGAGAUAUGA